AUGGUACAACACUCCCCCAAGACUACGGUUCACCAGCUCGCACAAGAGUAUGCACCCAUCAUCAAGGGCAAGACUAUCCUCACAACAGGCGCAAGCCCAGGUGGUCUGGGUGCACUCUUUGUUGAAGCCAUUGCUGUCGCAGAACCCGGGCUAGCUAUUCUAGCUGGUCGUAGUAUGAGCAAGCUCCAGCAAACUGCAGACAACCUUGCUGUCAAGUACCCCAAUUUGAAGACGAAGAUUCUGGCCAUUGAUCUGGGUUCUCUUCGUUCUGUUCGUGCAGCUGCGGAAGAGGUCAAUGGAUGGUCAGAUGUUCCCAAGAUCGACGUCUUGGUUAACAAUGCAGGGAUUAUGGCGACGGACUUCAAGCUCACAGAGGACGGCUUCGAAAACCAAUUUGCUUCGAACCAUCUGGGUCACUUCUUGUUUACAAAUCUGAUCAUGGACAAGAUCCUUGCUUCAGAGACGCCUCGAGUGGUCAGCGUUUCCAGCAAUGGCCACCGCCUGGGGCCCAUCCGAUGGGGUGACCCCAAUUUCUCUAAUGGUGAAAGAUACAACAAGUGGAGUGCAUACGGGCAGUCGAAAACAGCAAACAUGCUGUUCGCCAUCUCUCUUGCUAAGAAGCUCGGUAGUCGUGGGCUCCAAGCGUUCUCUCUCCAUCCAGGUGCCAUCCUCGACACCUCACUGGCCAAGCAUCUUGAUACCUUGGACAGUCUAGUCGAAGCUGAUCGUGCAAUGGGAGACCCAUGGGGUUGGGUAGAUUGGUCGACAGUCCCAAUUUCCUCCGAGAUCGGUGCUGCAACACACGCGUUUGCGGCUUUCGAUCCUGAUCUCAAGGAGCAUAAUGGCGCAUAUUUGCUCGAAUGCCGUUUAGCAGAUCAUAUGACUGAUACAGUCAGACCAUGGGCGACAAGCUCAACAGAAGCAGAGUUGCUUUGGAGGAAGAGUGAGGAGAUGGUUGGUCAAAAGUUCGAUUUUUAG